AUGGCUACCACUGCAAAUCCCCGACCUCGUCUUCCCCGCAGAGCCUCGUCUACUGCCCGAUCUCCCUCCUUUACUCGUCCCAGGAUUUCGUCUACAUCCCGGCCUGGCGCUCCUGUUCAUCCACGACCCUCACCUACAGCCCGACCAUCCGCCUCGACGCCUCUUCAACCCACUAAUCCUUCCCGACCGACUUCUGGCUCUGGUUGUGGCCGCGGUCGUAGAUCAACCAAUGUAACCUAUGUCAGCCCUGCCUUCAGAGAAGCCUCUCAGGCGGCUCAUCUGGCACGUUCUGCCAAUGACCGCUCGAGUCGUGAUGCCCCCUCUACUUCUCGGCACAGGGUUCGAUUGCCUUCCGAAGAUUCUGAUUCGGAUGACCAGCCUUUGGCUCAGAGACUUCGCCGCAGGGCCCCCCAUCCUAGCCAAGACUCGGGCUCUUCCGCUGUUUCUCCUCCUUCGCCUCCGGUUGCAACCCGUCCUCCGCCUCCUGUUGCAACCACUACUCCUAUCCCGAGCCAGGCGGAUGCUCCUCCGGAUCCGCCCAAGGCUCCGACCGAGCCUCCGCUAGCUCAACCUUCCACCUCGCGACAGCAUCCGAGUACGGAAGCUGGCCCCUCACAUCGCCCUUCACCAGCUACCUCACCUCCAGAGCCUUCUCAUGUGCCCCCUUCACUUCCUUUCGGCUCAGCUGCUGGACCUUCACAGCCACCACCACCUACUCAUCACCAUUACCGGACCACUGCCCCUUCUGAGGCUGGGUUACGGUCACGGCAAGAUGUUCCCACCAACUUCCUCACGAUGAAAGGUCGUUUGGCCACUUUAUGGGAAGAAAGUAUGCAGCAGAUGGAACUCUUGUCGCCACCUGCCCAAAUGGAUAGAUUCUCAGAGCUGUAUAUCAAGGCUUGUGUAGAGUCCCUGAUAAUAAAUCAAUCCUUUCAUGCCACUCAUUACCAGAGCAAGGUGUUGCGAGACAUGGUAGCAGAAUUGGAGCUGCAGUUAAAUGAUCCUGCGCAGGCUAGUUAUGCCCUGAGAGCUGAAAUAAAGGACCUGACCAGAAGGAAGACCCAUCUGGAAGUAUCCCUGGCGUAG